GCGAUUUCAAAGCGCUCGAAGUUGGAAAAAAGUGUACAUCUGUUAGAUUUUUUCGAGAUGGUAUCGAUUUUAUGGGCAUGUUGUUUGAUUAGUUGUGUGAUUUCCUACGCUCAUGCCGAACCGGAUCCCAGUGAGGAUAAAAUCGUCGGUGGUAUGGUUGCCAAUCGCCACGAGUUCCCCUACCAAAUAUCGCUUCAGUGGAACCUAGGUCCCAACAUCACCCGACGGCCAAUUCACUUCUGCGGUGGGUCUCUGCUCAAUCGGAACUGGAUCGUAACGGCUGCCCACUGCCGAGUGCGCUAUACAAAACGUGGCUGGAUUGAAGCGGUGGCAGGAGAACACGACACCACGCGGGAUGAGGGUGACGAACAAAGAAGACGCAUUGUCAAGUUCAACAUUCAUCCAAGGUACUGCGGCGGCGUUUGUCCGUUCGAUAUUGGACUGAUUCAGGUUGAUAAACCAUUCGAAAUGAACGAGAAUGUUUCGACAAUCGCCCUUCCGAAACAGUAUCAACAGUUCUCUGGCAAUUGUACCGCUUCCGGGUGGGGUUCUACGUCUACAACCGAGCGGCCAAUGUAUCCGGAUAAACUACGGAAAGCAGUUUUACCGAUAGUAGACUUCAAAACGUGCUACAAAUACUGGUUUCAGGAAGGUUCACCGGAUGUGCUUUCUAACACUUGUGCCGGACCGGAAGACGGAUCCCGUAGCGUUUGUUCCGGUGACUCCGGUGGCCCGUUGACGCAGUUUGACGAAAAACGCGGCAAAUCUGUCCUCGUGGGAGUCGCGUCCUGGGGAACAAUCCCGUGCGGCAUGGAAAAGAAACCGGCCGUUUUUACGACGGUACCGAAUUUCGUAGAGUGGAUCAAGGAGAAUAUGAGAUAGAUCGAUAUGGACUCAUUUUUGCCUAAAUUUUUAAGCUUUCAAAAUAAAAAUGAAAUUUUAUAUAUGCAGGUUUGAACAAAAGUUUAAACAUUGAAGAACUGUGAAG